UACUUAAAGCGAUAGGAUCCCCAUGAGAAGUGGCUUCUAACAUGGGUGACGACUUCCUCAAUUCAUCUCUGUGUAUCUGGUUAACACGGACAUUUGAGCAGCUCCAGCCACCCACCAACCUCUUCCACUUGUCAGAUGGAGAAUUCCUCAACAAAAUCAUGGCAAAUAUAUCUCCAGCAAGAUUCACCAUGUCCCGGAUAAAUAAAGAUGUUGGAGAUGAUCCUAAACAACGAAUCGAAAACCUCAACUCCCUCCUGAAAAAUCUCAUAUUUUAUUACGAAGAGAUAUUAAACAGUAUUUUGAUCUCAAAACUACCAGAUGUACGGUUGGUCGGUUCUCAGCCUCAAUCAUAUUUGACGGUAGUGGAACUGGAGAAGCUGUUUACGCUUAUCCUAGGAGUCGCAUUCCAGUGUGAUAACAAGAACAUGUACAUAGAGCGGGUACAGCACCUUCCUGAGGUGGUCCAGAAGGAACUGAUGACCAAGCUGCAGGAGCUCACAGAAACGAACGAUGUGGUCAUGUCAAGCUAUAUUGAACCGGAAUCUCUUCAAAAGCCUGAAGUGGACGGGCUAUGUCACGUGAUGUUGACGUCACUACAAAACGUGGUUCUGGAGAGGAACGAGAUACACGAGAAAUAUAUUCGAGUUGCUAACGAAAGAGACGAUUACCUCGCUCAACAGAGCAACAGAAGCGGCCGGAGAAGCACAAUCAGUCUGAACGAGUCGUUUACAGACUCACGUGAUAGCUCCAGACCCAAUACUCCGGCUUACAACACUGAGAUAGCAGAACUCCGAGCUAAACUACUCAAAUAUGAGGAUGAAAUCGAAACCAAGACUGAUCUCAUCACCCGACUGAAGGAGGAAAGUGCUGCAACUAAUGAACAAAUAUCACGUCUAAAAAAUGAGUAUCGGACUCUGUACGAUGAUGCUCAAGCUGCUAGAAUUUACAGAGACGAGAUAGACUCUCUGAGAACUAAGGCCGAGAAGUUGGAUAAAUACGAAGCGGAUAUCGCCAAAUACCGAGAUAAGCUAGAGGAUAUGGAGUAUCUAAAGAACAGAGUCAAGGAACUGAAGAAUCACAACGAUCAGCUCAUGGAAAUGAACGAGCUGCUGAAGGAGGAGCUUGUCAGUUCAGAGCAGAUCAAUAAAGCUAUGAUAGCUGAGGAAGAAAAGAACAUAAAAUUACGCGCAAUGUUAGAAGAACUCAGUGCACAAAAGGAGUACGGUGAUAGGGUUAUACAGGACAUGACCAAUAAGAAGAAACAGGUCGAACUUGAACUCAAACACAGUGCCAAUAUGAUAUCACAAAUGCAGAAGGAAAUAGAUGAACUCACAGCAUCCAACAACGAAAUAAGAGCGGCUUCUAAAAAUUGGAAGAUGGCCAUGUUGGAACGGGACGGUGUAACUGACUCACACAAGUACGUGACAAUCGAGAAGGAACUGUCUCUCGAUGAUAACGGACAAACUCCCAUCAUCAACAGACGCCGCAGCACCGUUUGGGAAGGAAGCAAAGAUGAGUCUAUGAGCACAGAAGUACAGAACAGCAAGAUAAAGCGACUCGAAAUGGAUAACUUGCAUCUCAAAACUCAAACAGAAAACUUGAGGAAUUCUAACGCUAAGCUGCAAAUGCUGGAACAGAACACUGAAAAAGAUAAGCUUCAACUCGACACGAACAAAGCAGAGCUUGUCAGACUCCAGGAACAGAUCAAUCUCGAGAAAACAAGAGUGGAAGGUUUUCAACAGAAGCUAUCAGAAGCACAUAUCAUCUUGAAAGAGAUUGGUUACGAUACUGAAAAACUAAACGAAGUGAACGUUAUCAGCGACAGAGAGAAGUUCCUCAAGUAUGAAGAAAGGUUGAAACAAAGUCUAAAUCAUUCUCUAAAGAUGAAAGAAGAACGCAUUUCAGUUUUAGAAGAUCGAGUUAAAGAAAAUACCAACCAAAAUGACAGUCUUAGACAGGAGUUGUCAAUAAUAAAGCGGCAGAACAAGAGUUACCAGAAACAAAACAAGAGUUUACAACAGAGUCUUGACGAAAGUGUCACCAGCAUCAGCACGUCUCCAUCGCGUCGUAUAAGUAAAGGAAGCCAAUACGAACAUCACGUCUCUCUCUCCUCUACUCCAAUAAAACAGGAACAUCACGUCUCUCUCUCCUCUACUCCAAUAAAACAGAGGCUCUCCGCCUCCCUCGCCCUGACUCCCAUCAGCAAUAUCUCAUCUAUUAAAGAAAACAACGAGAAUAAGUCGCCCAACAAAUCAGAAAUCCUUGAUGUCAGCUAUGAAUCUGUGUCUCUGUCGGAGAGUAGAGCAGCGUUAGAGCUACUCAGACAGGACUGUGUAGAUCUGAAGGAGGAGAAUGAUCAGCUCUUCCUUGACAGGGAGCGAUUAGAGCAAGAAGUGCAGGAACUGCAAUUAGAACGCAAGUCUCACCUGACAGAAAUACAGAAUCUUCGAGAGAAACACAUUGACUCAAAGAGCGAUGUAUCAGACCUAGAUCGUGAGAAUAAGAAGAAGUCCAUGAAGUUGGAAGAGUUCGAGAUAGCGUGCACUGCUUUGGAGGACAUGAACGAGAAACUGAAGAGGGCGUGCGAGGAGCUGGAGAAUGAGAAGAAUUACAUGAAUGCACAGUGUAAUAAGCUACUCAUACAGAAUCAAGAACUAUUGAUAAAAACUAUUGAGGACCAGGAGAAGAAUAGAGAAGAGACAAGGGUCUUUCAGGAUCAGAUUAUGAGUAUGAAACAAGACAACCAGGCAUUAGCGAUGAGUAUCGCUCUUAAAUCACAAACUUCUGAGAGCUCUAAAAAGAAACCAUUCUACAAAGCCCUGUUCAAAUCGAAGAAAGCAAAAACGAAAGAAGAGAUGGCAGGUGGUACCCCCAAUAUAGACGAGUAUAUAGAGCAGCUGAGUCUAGAUAGCGCUGAAAGACUGACUCCUCCUGAAUACGAUAGCAAUGGAUAUUUCCUUCGCGAAACAUUCCUCGACUCAGAUAACAGCUCCAGAACUAUGUCCGGUGACGGUCGUCUGGAGUUGGGCAGUGUGAACUCUCUGGGAAGAAUACCUGACACAUCUCACAUCAGUUCCUCUUCCGCUUCCGGCUUUAAAUCUGCGGGAAUCAGUAGAACACUUUCAACGGACAGCGAGAGGAGGACACAAUCCGCCGACAGAGACCUAACUCCAAAGAGGCACGGUAGUCUCCGCCUGAAAAACAAAAGCGAAUCUUUCGAUCUCACCCCCAGGGUGGAAGCAAGGAGCAUGGCACGGCCCCUUCCCCCGGGUACUCACGGGACGCCAGAUCACCGGUCCGAACUCCGAGCAGAUCACCGACCACCCCCGAGCAUGUUAGGUACCUCAUCGAGCCUCAGCGCACAGUCGUUAUUAAACUCCACGACCGCAAAUCGAGCACAUGAGGUGUUAUCAGACCCACCAAGUGCAUUUCGGCAAUACAACAACAAUCCUGCAGCUGCACCAACCCUGCCGCCGCGCAACCACCGCCACCACGACAUGUCGUCACGACACCACGACAUGUCGUCACGACACCACGACACCUCCUCUACCUCAUCCAGACAACAACUACAAGACUCUAGCAACUACUGCUCAGACUCGGAGUUUAGGCCGAGGUCGUCAGCUAGUUCCGUUUCGGAGGGUUACUCGCAGCGGGGAAUUCACGAUGAGGAUCCCAGGAACAGCUCGUACUAUGAGUACGGGUGUGUUUGAGCAGAUCACGUGUGAGGAUCGCGUGUCAUCAGAUUGAGGUAUCGGGGACUCUCAUCCAUUUUUUAAUUUAGCUUCAAGAAGUUGUUGUGGGGAAAUUGUGGUUGGCAUUUUUGAAGUGCCGUGUUACGAUUUUGAGGAGUCAUCAACAAUAAAGUAUUAUUUUUGGGCUGUCUCUGUAUAAAGUUACGAUAACAUAUAGUGACUACAUCUUGUAGUCCUAGGCUGUUUCUUUUUUAUCCAUUUUUAUCUGUUACAAGCUUUAAAUAAUCGUAAAUAGAAUUGGCCGCUUACUGCAACUGUUUUUAGUCCUUUUUUCUCUAUAAUUUAGGGAUUAGAUUUUGGAAUAGAACGUUGCAAACUUGACAACUAUGGGCUUGUCAACAUAUUCUAGAGAUUAGGGCACGGAACUUUUUAUUGUAUAAUGAGUUCAAAUGUGUUAAAAUUUGACGCCAUUAAUUUUUACAAUCUUAUCGAGAAUGAGAAUAGUUUGAAUUUUCUUGUGCCCUGGUUUGAUGGUUUAUGUGCUUGUAUUGAAUUUGACAUGACUUGUUAAGUUUUAAUUUAUAUUCGUGAAGGCUGUGAUUUGUAAUGAUAGCCAUUGAAGUUAGAUGAACGAUGACCAUAUAACUGAAAACACCUUUAUGAUAGAAAGAACGAUAAAAUUACAAGAAAGUUAAUUCUUGCGAUAUUUAAGACCAUACAUUACAAUUUUAAAGUUUAUCGGCAUCUUGCCUUUUAUUUAACUCCAUUUUGAGAUGCAACUCAUUUUUCAUAUUUCAGAAGUGCUGUGCUGAAAACACACAAGGAAUCGCAAAUUUAAAUAUUAUUUCGAUGUAUUUGUGGACGCUAAAUAUUGAAUUAUAAAAAUACAUUUGCUGGAAGAUGGGCAUUCCGGAAUUUAUUUAUAGUCAAAAA